UGAAGCUCCACCUCAUGUUUAUCCUCCAGCUUUGCGUUCCUGCUGAAUAAAUAAAGUGUAGAGCAGAAUGAGGAGAUGUUUUCAUCGUCUGCUUUUCCUUUUCAUAUCAGAGAUCUUCAGAUCUGUAGGUGGAUCUUCAGGUCAGGAUUUGAUCCAUGCUGUAGGAGAAUCUGUGACAUUCAGUUCCAGUGUACCAGUUUCUGGGAUUAUAAUGUAUAAAGGUGACACAGUUGGACAGGUGUUCAAUAACGUGAGUGACACAAAUCUUAGGGAGAAGUUUGUGAAUCGUCUCCAGUGGCUCAGUCUGACUGGGCUCUUCACUCUCUCAGACCUGAGAACAGAUGAUUCAGGACUUUACACAGUGGAGAGCGUUAAAGACCCGAAGAGAAAACAGGAAUAUCAGUUGGAGGUGUACGAGAGAGUUUCAGCUCCUCAGGUGAUAAAGACCACCUCCUCUUCUUCAGAGUUCUGUUCAGUGCUGUGUUCUGUGAGGAACAGCAGAGGACUGACGCUGUCUUUGUAUGAAGAUGAUGUUUUAUUAAACCACACCAGCAGCAGCAACAUCACACUGAAUCUUCUUCUAGAAAUAAAGAAGAGCGAUAAUCUCAGAUCAAAGACCUUCAGCUGUGUGUCCUCCAAUCCAGUCAGUAAUGAAAGAACCAGAAUCAACCUUACACACUACUGCUCUCUGAACACAGAUGUUCUUCCAGAUGUGGAGGCUCCGGUGAUGAGCACAGUGUUAAUGCCACUGGUGUGUGCUGUGAUGUCAGUGAUGACUGUUGUGGUGAUCGCUGUGAGUCUGAGAAACAGCAGGAAAUAUGAAUCCAGAUGUUUUACAGAAGACAGGAAAAUACACAAGAUUCUGUCUGUGACCACAACAGUGGCGUAUGAGCCAACGAUGUUCUCAAGUGAUCUCUCGGAUGAUUUGCUUAUCUUCUCUGACAUUUAGUUCUCAUCAGAAAGAGAAGAUAAAGUGAACAGUAAGACCUGAUUAUGGUUUCAUCUUCUCCUGUCACUCUCAUUCCACAUGUACAGAGAGACAGAAAGAAAAAUAAUGUUUAGAAACAAAUUCAAAUGAUUUUUAUGCAGUAGCAUGAAAUUUUCACUUCACUUAAAUUUGGAGACCCAAACCUGUU